AUGACCGAGGCUUCUCCAGCUCCUGCUGCUCCGCCCAUGCAACACCAACACCAACACCAACAGCCGCAACCUCCACCGUCUCCAUCUCCAUCGCAGCCGACCUCUGUAUCCGAAACCGCUCCGACGCCAUCCCUACCUUCAAUUUCGUCGCCCUCCGCUCAGUCUGCUUCGCUGCCUGCUGUUCUCGCCGCUGCAACAGCUGUCGCAUCAGUCUCCGUCCACUCACUUGCGCAAAAUCCAGAUGAGCUUCCCCCGCUCCGCCAACCGUCGCCGACCUCGCCGGCGCAUUAUACGUUCGAACAACACCAACAGCAGCAGCAGCACCAUCAUCCUCACCACAACCUCCACCCAGUUACGCCGCCGCUGAGGAAGGACACAUGCUCCUCCAUCUCAACUCAGGCCACUAGCGCUACCUUGGCCUCCACAGAGACCAAUAACACAUCGUACAGUGCCGACACCUCUCCUAACCUGCACCAGUCCAUUUUCUCUAUAAAGGAUGGCACCGACGUCUCUAACAACCGCCGCACGAGCAGGAGACGGACCGGGCCCCUUUCUCAGCAGUCCAGAGAACGCGCUGCACUCAUUCGAAAGCUGGGUGCAUGCAUCGACUGUAGGAGGCGACGAGUCGCUUGCCACCCCAGUCAUCAUAAUAUGACAUGGGAAGACGUCGUAACCAAGUUUCAUCGCUCGCAUAGCCCGACUAUUCAGGAUAUUGCACCUUCCCUCGCCGCUGCCGGCCGACCGCUGAGCCCCGCCCCCGCGAUUGCCAAUGUCCAGGCCUUGUUCCACGAUUCUCAGGAGAUGGAUAUCGAUUCCAGUACUCCUGGCUCUAACCUGCCCGGGCGCCCUCCGUUAAGCGACACUCGAAUUCGUACUCCUUUGCCCUCAGGCCCUCGCCUCGAGAAGUCCCUGUCUUUACCUGGCAUCGAGAGCUUCAAGAACGAUCUACAAUCCAAUGUGGGGCGUAUGCUUUCCACUCCCAGUCGGGAUCGAUACAGUUCCGUGCAGGUUCUGUUCCUAUUUUGGCAAGACGACGAAGAGGUCCCAAUAAUUCAGACCGCAGUCCGGGAGCUCGCUGAGGUUUUUGAUAAGUAUUAUCGCUACAACUUCCAAGUUCAAGCUAUCCCGUCGUCCUCUGACGGCUGCAAAAGCUCAUGGAGGUGGCUAUCAAGGGCGCUCAACGAGUUUGUUGAGGACCGCGAUGAACGUGAUAUGUUGAAAAUAGUCUAUUACGCAGGACAUACAUACCUCGAUGGCAACCGUGAGAUGGUCCUGGCAAGCUCGCGAAAUCCAGAACAAGCCUCAACAAUCCGGUGGGGUGGUAUACAGCAAACUCUCGAAGAGGCUUGUGCCGAUACGUUGAUCAUUAUGGAUGCUGCAUACUACCCAUCUUCCAGAAUGGUUCGACAACAGGGCGUCCUGGAACUGCUUGCAGCUUCGGUAUCAGAAGAGCAUUAUUACGAUCUUGAUCGCUGUGCAUUCACUCGGGCUCUUGCUGAACAACUGCGAGUCCGGGCAGCACGCUUGAGUCCUCUUUCGGCUGCCGAGUUGCAUGCGAAUUUGUUCUCUCAGUACGCCAAAAUGGUCCAAGACAAGUAUCCAGAGAAAGAAGUAUUGACCAGUUUCCCCUCACCGCUACACAUGAUGAUGUCGGGCAACUCGAGGCUUCCGUCUAUCUUUCUUUCUCCAGUGUACCAGAACAGCCCCACGCGAGGAAGUUUCUCUUCGUACGAGAACAGUCCCCAAUUACACUUGUCUAUUCGACUGGACGAUGACAACGUCGACCUCGAGAGCUGGAAUGAAUGGCUGCGACUGAUGCCGGAAGGUAUCAGGGAUGUCAAGGUCGAAGGGCCUUUCCGAGCUACAUUUAGAUGA